CUAUUGGAAUGUGACCGUAAAAAUCCAUGCAGUUCGGGUAUAUAUAGACGGCAUUACUGGCUCACUGGGCACCAUCAUCACCAUGAGGGUCUUAGUGGUUCUUGGGCUUGUAGCUGCUGCCGCCUUUCAGGUGGUCAGUGCAGAUGUUCAGAAGCAAAAAGAUGUCCUUUAUCUCCUGCACAAGAUCUAUGGAGACAUUCAGGACGCAGAUCUGCUGGCUACUGCCAAUUCCUUUGACCCCGCUGGAGGCAGCUACAGUGAUGGUGGUGCAGCCGUGCAAAAACUGAUAAAGGACCUUAAUGACGGUCGACUCUUAGAGCAGAAGCACUGGUUCUCCCUCUUCAAUACAAGGCAUCGUAAGGAGGCUCUCCUGCUUUUUGACGUCCUCAUCCACAGCAGUGACUGGGCAACCUUUGUCGGCAAUGCAGCCUAUUUCCGUCAGAAAAUUAAUGAAGGAGAGUUUGUGUAUGCCUUGUAUGUUGCCGUGAUCCACUCGCCUUUGGCUGAAGACGUAGUGCUCCCUCCACUCUAUGAAAUUACACCGCACCUCUUCACCAACAGUGAAGUUAUUGAAGCAGCUUAUCGUGCCAAACAGAAGCAGACGCCAGGCAAAUUCGAGUCCACCUUUACGGGAACCAAGAAGAACCCUGAACAGAGAGUAGCUUAUUUCGGUGAAGAUAUUGGCUUGAAUACUCACCACGUUACCUGGCAUAUGGAAUUCCCCUUCUGGUGGGAUGACGCGUAUGGCCAUCAUCUGGAUCGCAAGGGAGAAAACUUCUUCUGGGUUCAUCAUCAACUUACCGUCCGAUUUGAUGCCGAACGUCUGUCCAAUUAUUUGGAUCCAGUAGGUGAACUUCAUUGGUACAAGCCCAUCGUAGACGGAUUUGCUCCCCAUACCACUUACAAGUAUGGAGGUCAGUUCCCUGCUCGUCCUGACAACGUUAAAUUCGAAGAUGUGGACAAUGUUGCUCGAAUUCGAGACAUGGUUAUCGUCGAGAGCCGAAUUCGCGAUGCUAUUGCCCAUGGCUAUAUAAUUGAUAGCCACGGCAAACAGAUUGACAUCAGUAAUGAGAAAGGCAUUGACAUUCUCGGGGAUAUUAUCGAGUCAUCACUGUACAGUCCCAAUGUGCAGUACUAUGGAGCUCUACAUAACACUGCCCAUAUUGUACUUGGUCGUCAAGGUGAUCCUCAUGGAAAGUUCGAUUUACCCCCUGGUGUGCUGGAACAUUUCGAAACUGCCACCCGAGAUCCCAGCUUCUUCCGGCUUCAUAAAUAUAUGGAUAACAUUUUCAAAGAACACAAGGAUAGCCUACCUCCAUACACCAAGGCCGAUUUGGAAUUCUCUGGCGUGUCUAUCUCGGAGGUAAACGUUGUAGGUGAACUGGAGACCUACUUUGAAGAUUUCGAAUACAACCUUAUCAACGCAGUUGAUGACGCUGAAGGAAUCCCAGAUGUGGACAUCAGCACAUAUGUGCCACGUCUUAACCACAAAGAGUUCACUUUUAAGAUUGACAUAGAGAAUGGAGGCUCUGACAGAUUGGCUGCAGUUCGCAUCUUUGCCUGGCCUCAUAAAGACAACAACGGAAUCGAAUUUACAUUUGACGAAGGUCGCUGGAAUGCCAUCGAGUUGGAUAAGUUCUGGGUAUCAUUGAAGGGUGGAAAAAAUUCGAUUGAGCGCAAGUCCACGGAAUCUUCGGUAACUGUCCCGGAUGUACCAAGCAUAGAUACACUGUUUGCAAAGACCGCGGCAGGCGGCGCUGGCCUUUCCGAAUUCGCGAGUGCAACAGGCCUGCCAAACAGGUUCCUUCUCCCCAAGGGCAACGAUAAGGGUCUGGAAUUCGACCUUGUGGUAGCGGUGACUGAUGGUGAUGCCGACGCAGCAGUGCCCGAUCUUCAUCUGAAUACCAAAUACAAUCACUACGGCUCUCAUGGCGUGUACCCCGAUAAGCGUCCACAUGGUUAUCCUCUGGACCGCAAAGUUCCAGAUGAACGCGUGUUUGAAGAGCUUCCUAACUUUAAGCACAUCCAUGUUAAGGUCUUCAAUCACGGUGAACACAUUCAUAGCUAGUGAUGUAAGCUGACAUCUCUGUAUAUGAGUCUGGCGAUGAAUGAAUUGAUUCCCUGAUUUUUUUCCCACAAUAAAGAGCAUACAAACA